AUGUCGACGGCGAGGAUGAUCUGGUCGGUGAUAUUGCUGACCGCUGCGACGGUCUCGGCGCAGAGUAUUGUGGCGGUCAACUCGACGGAGGUGGGCGUGCAGUCGUCGAAUGGUGCGGUUGCUUUGCAGGUUGUGCAUUCUGAGGAGCGUGGAGCCGCGGGCGGCGUUUACGAUCUCAUACCGCUUACGAGUGCGGCGGCGGCGUGGCAGCCGAACGAGCAAAAGAACGGUCCAAUAGUACUCGCCAACGAGAGCAGCCAGCUCAGUCUCAGCGACCGCAACGUAGCGCUCAUCAACUGCGAUCGAUAUUCCGGCAACAUCCAAGCGAUAGACGUCUUCAAGACCGCUACGGAGCGAAACGUGACCGCGAUCGUCUUCUACUCGACCGACGAAGCGAGCUGCAAGCUGGACGAUGUGCAGACCGACUACACGCAGAUCUACACGAUGAAGAGCAGGGAACAGACAUCGGAUAUGCUGAGGGAUGUCAACAGCGCGAACGUGAAUGGUCAGUCCAUUGCGGUCGGGAGGAUCGCAUUGAGCGCUACGUUACUGGCGGAGUCGAAUGGGAAUACCGUUUCGCAGAGCAAUAGUUCCUCGGGCCAUCAUGGGCAGCAAGGAUUCAAUGCUCCGCCGAGCACGGCUGUUGCUAUGAUCAUCUUGUAUAGCAUUACGGGUGUCAUUACAGCGUUGUUCUUGAUCAUCAUCGUCACGGGUGCGGUCAGAGCUCAUCGGCAUCCGGAGAGGUAUGGACCGAGGAAUAUCAUGGGUAGACCGCGGCAGAGUCGAGCGAGGGGACUGGCGAGAGCGAUGCUGGAGACCUUGCCGAUUGUGAGGUUCGGCGAGAGGGAGGAGGAAGAGCAGAGGACCAAGUCCGCGGACGUGGAACUCGCGGAGGGACAAACUGAGAUGGCAGAGACGAAUGCAACAACGCCGAAUACCACGAACCCUGCAACGAGAGAAGCAACCGGCACGACCGCCACCCCACCGGGCAUCGCAGCCGCAACCACCACUCCUCCAACCAACACCUCCUCCUCCUCCGAAGAACCCUCCCCCGAAGGCUGCAGCAUCUGCACCGACGACUUCAUCCUCGGCCAAGACCAGCGCGUCCUCCCCUGCAACCACCGCUUCCACCCCGCCUGCAUCGACCCCUGGCUGCUCAACGUCUCCGGCACCUGUCCCCUCUGCCGCAUCGACCUACGCCCACAAUCCGACAUCGACGCCGACGACAAUAGCAUGAUUCGCCUCUCCGGUGGAGAAGGAGGAGGAGGAGGAGGAGGAGAAGGCAGUCUCGCGCCCCCUCUAGAGGGAGGAUCUCGCCGCGCGAGUUUGAGGAGGAGUUUUCUGAUUGGAUUGACGGGUGGAAUUGGUGGGCAUGCGCCGCAGUCUCAGACGAGGCCGGAGAGGAUGACGAGGGAGGAGAGGAUGGAGGCGCUGAGGGCUUAUUCGAGACGGAGGAGGGAGGGUGGGGAGGCGGAGAGUGGGGAGGAGGGGAGCAGGAUGACGAGUCGGUUGAGGAAUGCGUUUCGGGUGAGGACGAGGAGGACGGGGGAGGAGAGUGAUUCGCAGGAGGGAGGGAUCGCUGCUGCGCCUGCGACGAGUGACGUGACGCAGGGAGGGUUGACUGCGGGCGAGACGGGAAGUGCUCGUUCGUUGUGA